AUGGCUUCUGCUGCACCCAUUGGGCUGUUCUUAUUUCUGGCGUUGUUUUGUGCAAGAAUUCAUGUUAUUGUGUCUCUUACCAACGAUGGAGAUGCUGCUGCUCUGCAAUCUAUGAAGAGCUCAUGGGAAAAUACACCUCCAACUUGGCAGCAGUCGAACGAUCCUUGUGGAUUCCCCUGGGAAGGAGUCACCUGCAAAGAUUCAAGAGUUACUGCAUUGGGACUACCAGCAAUGGGACUUAAAGGGAGACUAAGUGGUGACAUUGGUAGCCUAACCGAAUUAAUAUCCUUGGACUUGUCGUAUAACAAAGGACUCACAGGUUCACUCACUCCACGCUUAGGGGAUCUAAAGAACUUGAAUAUCCUGAUCUUACAAGGCUGUAGCUUCACCGGAAAUAUUCCGAGUGAGCUUGGCAAUCUUGCCGAGCUAUCAUUCCUGGCUUUGAACACAAACAACUUAAGUGGUGGAAUACCUCCUUCUUUGGGGAAACUUUCUAAACUCUACUGGUUGGAUCUAGCAGAAAAUCAGUUAACAGGACCACUUCCCGUAUCAACAGACACUACUCCAGGCUUGGACCAACUUCAUAAAGCUAAACACUUUCAUUUCAAUAAGAACCAGCUUUCUGGUUCCAUCCCUGCCCAACUUUUCAGCUCAGAUAUGAUACUGAUACAUGUGUUAUUUGAUAGUAAUAAACUUACUGGAGGAAUUCCCGCAACAAUAGGACUUGUUCAGACACUUGAAGUUCUUCGACUUGAUAGAAAUUCUUUAACAGGAGCAAUACCAUCAACUAUCAGCAACCUUACAAACAUCAAUGAAUUGCAUUUGGCGCAAAACGAACUGUCAGGCACCGUACCGGACUUAUCUCCAAUGACUUCUCUAAACUACUUGGACCUUAGCAACAAUUCCUUUUUAGCAUCAGAAGCUCCGGCUUGGUUCACAUCCUUGACAUCACUCAACACUUUGGUCAUGGAAUAUUCAUCACUUCAAGGGUCUUUUCCCCCAGAACUCCUCUCUUUUCCAAGGAUACAAGUAGUGAAACUGAAGAACAAUGCAUUUAAUGGCACGCUGACAAUUGGCGGAGCCAAUUUUAGCCCACAAUUGGAACUUAUUGAUCUGGAGAACAACCAGAUUUCAAUAGCAACACUUGGUUCUGGCUUCAAUACUACUCUAAAACUCAUGGGAAACCCAGUCUGCGACAGUGCGCUUGCGAAUACUGUUUACUGUCGUCCUCAGUGAGGCCAUAUUCAUAUUCCACCAGCUUAGCCAAUUUUUGAGAGAACUUGUCCUCCUGAUCAUCCGAAGCU